GAAGGGAGCGCAGAGACCGGCCGGCCAGAGGGAGGUUGGGCUGGGGGCUGGGAAGUGCUGGCUGUUAGAAAGGGAGGGGCUGGCGAGUAAAAGGAUGGACGCUGGGAAGGGGACGCAAGGGGACAGGAGAGAGCCCGCCGGCGAGGGGCCCUGGCUGUGAUCCAAGUCACCACCGAACCUGGCGCGGGCUGGCGGGAGGUCGGCGGGGACCAUGGGCGCCUCGGCCUCCCGGGGCCGGCCCGCCCGGGUUCCCCCGCCGGAGCCCGAACCCGAGGAGGCGCUGGACCUGAGCCAACUGCCACCGGAGCUGCUCCUGGUGGUGCUGAGCCACGUGCCCCCGCGCACCCUGCUGGGGUGCUGCCGCCGGGUGUGCCGGGGCUGGCGCGCCCUGGUGGACUGCCAGGCCCUGUGGCUGCUCAUCCUGGCCCGGGACCACGGCGUCCUGCUGCCGCUCGCCCGCAGCUGCCUGCCCCCAGCCCGCGACGGCAGGCCCAGCCUCCUGGGCCGCUUCUGCGAGCGCCGCCCGAUCGGACGCAACCUCAUCCGCAACCCCUGCGGCCAGGAGGGCCUCCGGAAAUGGAUGGUGCAGCACGGUGGGGACGGCUGGGUGGUGGAGGGAAACAGGUCAACGGUGCCCGGGGCCCCCUCGCAGACCUGCUUCGUGUCUUCCUUCAGCUGGUGUCGCAAAAAGCAGGUGUUGGACCUGGAGGAGGAGGGUUUGUGGCCAGAGCUACUAGAUAGUGGCAAGAUUGAGAUUUGUGUCUCUGACUGGUGGGGAGCCCGACACGACAGUGGCUGUAUGUACCGACUCCUUGUCCAACUUCUAGAUGCCAACCAGACUGUCCUGGAUAAAUUCUCUGCUAUGCCCGUUCCCAUCCAACAGUGGAACAACAAUGUCUGCUUUCAGGUCACCCACGUGUUCUCCAACAUCAAGAUGGGCGUCCGCUUUGUGUCUUUCGAACACUGGGGCCAGGACACGCAGUUCUGGGCUGGUCACUAUGGAGCCCGUGUGACCAAUUCCAGCGUGGUCGUGCGGGCCCGGUUGUCUUAGUCGAGGGCUGUCCUUGCCCAACAACCUGACCGGUGCCUUCUAGGACUGGGGACCACUGGCCAGGACUUCUCAUUAACCAAGGGCACGUACCUCCCUGGCAUCCUGGGUACUCCAGGAUCCCUUCGAGGGUUCUGCCAGGUCCCCUCUUCAGGUUCUAGAAACUACUAGAAGAAAGUUCUUACUUCAAAGUUACCUACUGCUGUUAUAGGGCAGUCCUCCUUCCGGAGGCCCCCUGAUUCAGCCCCAGUCCCAUCUGGCCUGUCUCCUCUCCUUUCUGCUUUCAGGGGGCUUUAUCGGUCCCUUUAGAGAAGGCCACUCAUCCCUGAAGUAGAACCUCGUCCUUAUAGCUGGGAAAAUUCCAGCCACCUUGGGUGGCAAACUUAACCCCCUGCAGCUUCAAGGCUGGGAACCAGGUUUCACAGCUGAAAGUCAGCCAGCUCAAAAAAUGUGUGGAGACCCUCAAGGACCCCUGUGAUUGUAUGGUGUAUAAAAUUAUUUUUUAUUUUGAAAUUUUGCGCAAACAUCAAGAGAAUAAUA